AGCCCUUAUAAAGGUUAUUGGUCAAGCUCAUGCCCUAAUAAAAAGAAAGGAUCUGGAGUAGGAGUUCUCAUCGCAAAGAAUAUUCACAAAUAUACAGGAAAUAUCAAAAAACAUAAUGAAUACCUUUUAGAGUUUCAUAUAAUAUUAAAACACUCAAAAUUAGCAGUUUUAAUUGUAUAUCUUCCACCAAAUGACGAAAAGCAAGUCAAAUUAAUUCAACAACAAAUCGAAGAAAUAUACCUUAACAGGGCAGUAAACUAUGAG